CCGUGAUUGCAUCGGCUGUCAACGGUGGAGAGACAUGCGCCAUGGAGACGGAGGACAUUCUGAAGGGUGUUGCAGAUGGUAGAAAGGAAGGGAAUUCGGCAGGAGGGAAUAGCGCAGACUGUGCAGAGGUGUUUGCGGCAAUAUAUGCACAGACUGCAGAGAUGAUGAGUGAUGGUGAUGAAACAGAGAAUGAUGCAGGAGGGAGCCCUUGUGAGACGGAAACGGUUGGGGAAGAGAGAGAAGAGGGAGGUCUGGGAAGCAGGGAAUCUCUGACAGGGUGUAUUGUGAAAGAUGAAAAUGUAGUGAAGACAUCAGCAGGAGAAGAGUACCCAUAUGACAUCAAUUGGGUGUCGGGUCGUGUUCAACCGGGUAUUGUUGGAGGAGCACCCUGCUUUGCGUUCAAAGUCGAAGGGACAUGACUAUUAAGGUUGAACGACGGGGUAACAACAGAGGUGAAAGCACGAUAUGCAAUGGACAUGUGGCGUCAUCUGGAGGCGCAGGGCAAGUUCAGGCUGAACGAUUUUUUGUACGACAGUUUUGAUUGCGGAAAGGCAUGGGUGAUUGGCGAGAACGACGCAACAGGGAGUACGGCGUGCAACGAGAGCGAUGCGAGGAGGGAUCCUAGGUGGGGUUGGGUGCCAUGUGUGAUCCCGAUUCCAUGUGGCCGUGUGAGGAUGAUGAUGCGUGAUGCCAUGGGAAAUGUCUGGAGCACGCAUUAUGUAAAUGAAAACUUCUCCUUCAGGCACCUCGACAGGGAGGUCUCAGAAGACGAGAAGAAGGCAAUGACAUGUAAUACCCACACUGCUGGCUGCUUUUUACCGCCGCUUCGGAACCCUGUGGACUCAGAGGUGGUUGAAGGGAAAGUUUUCACUGGUGAGGAUGGCAGCACAUACACACAUGCAAGAGGGCAGGAAGCCACGUACGAUGAAGUAUGCUCGCAGAUAUGGGACCAUGUCACAAUGAGGAGUGACGUUCUGUCUGCCAUGAAAAUUGGGGCCCGUAUCAUCCCUGAAGGACAGUUGCAGCAGCAUAUGACCCUUGAAAAGUAUGGCUAUCAUAUGAAUUGGGUCCCAGGAUGUUUGCAUCCUGCAGUGGUUGAUGGCAAGAUGACGAUGGUAGCAAGAUUGCAAUCAGGGCAUUGGCUCCCAUUGGGAUGGAUGCAUGCAGGCAUUGUGGAGCAUUGGCAGUUCCUCGUGGUUCUGGCACGUGUCUCAAUUUUCAAUGUGAAUGUAAAGGACCACGUCUUGGUGGUUGAACACGCAAAGCGGUGCUGGGAGAAGAUAAGGGAGGAGGAGCGUCAGAUGGUGUGCGCGUUUUAUCACUCCAUGGCUAACCAGGGGAUGUGGUCCAUGGUUGAGGGGAGUUUUACGGCCCAAGAGCACGGCGACGGUGAGAAUAGAUACAUGGCUCGCAUUCGCCGCAGGCACGGUUGCACGACCGUUCUUGCUUGGGUCCUGGUCGUAUGUCCCAUGACAUAUGAGCAUGGUGGAGACGUCACCAUGAGAUUCAGAGACCCGCUUGAGCCCGGGGAAGAAGAAGAAGUGCACGCCGGGACCGCCACGUGGGCAGACGCCCGCAAGCAGAAAGAAGGUGAACCCGAAGGCGGUGCCAGGGACCGGAGACACCGCAGGUGCACGAACUCUGGUCCCCAGACGCCGUCGAUGCCCCGGGAUGACAACUUGUCGGAAAUUAGAAAGUUGCAACGAUCCACCGACCUUUGCUUGGCUUUCAGGUCGUUUUUGCGUCUCGUGCGCGAGGUUGUGGAGCGGGACAUUGCUCUGGGUAUGGACGUGAGGUUUCAGAUGACGGCGGUGCGUGCUUUGAUAGAGGCUGCCGAGGCGUACCUGGUCGCCAAUUUCGAGAACACCAACGAGGUGGCCAUCCAUUCGAAGAAGGUGACGAUCCAGGUCAGGGACAUGAGACUGGUGGAUAGGUUGUCGAAGCCUCGUUGGGUUGAGAAAUAUCAAGGGAUGUGCGAAGAAGGAGACGUGGACAUGACAAUGCAGCAGACAGGGGGGACAUAUACACCUGCGAACUUGGGCAAGUUGCUGGGCACUGUCNAAGGGAUGUGCGAAGAAGGAGACGUGGACAUGACAAUGCAGCAGACAGGGGGGACAUAUACACCUGCGAACUUGGGCAAGUUGCUGGGCACUGUCGCACGGAAUGGGGGAAUGUUGGUUGAUGGGUCGAAGGAGGAGUUGAAGAGUGGUGCUGCAGAAAUAUUGGUGUUGUCCAGAAUGAAGAACAUUACACAAACACUGCCACAAGACUUUCAAGAUGUUCCUGUCAUUCUUGCAGAUGGUGUGGAAUAUAUUUUGCUGGAUCAACUUGUGGACUUUAUGAAAAAGAGUGACGACGACAGGAACGYCAUCCAUGAGGCGUUGCACGAAGUGACAGAGUUUGCACUGCAGGGUCAAGAUCUGAUAGAAUUUGUGCCAACAAYAACAGAAGACAACAUCAUAYCUGGCAGACCGUUGUGGGGGGAGUUGUUAUCAGCUGCUUUGGAGCRGCUCGGUCUUGCAAGCUGCGAUGUUGAGAGACAAAGAGAAAAAGAAGAAGGGUGGAAGACAGCAACGAGAGAGCAACUAGUGUGUUGCGAUAUCUUCAAUGCUUUCACAAUGGAGAAAGAACAGUGUGAUCGUGGAUUUGAAGAGGCCGAUUUGCCAAGUUGUUGUGCAGAGUACACANGUUGCGAUAUCUUCAAUGCUUUCACAAUGGAGAAAGAACAGUGUGAUCGUGGAUUUGAAGAGGCCGAUUUGCCAAGUUGUUGUGCAGAGUACACAGACAGUAUAAAAGAAGAAGAUGGAGAAGAGGAUGAGGGGGCAUCAUCUUCUGACGUGGAAGUGAGCGGCAGCGAUGUCAGCAGCGACGAGGAAGACAAGGAACAUGAUGUAUACUACGAUUUGAAGGGUGUGGGUGAAGAAGUGACAAAAGGGUGGGCACAUGCAAUUCUGAGGUUGGCACGUGCUUUUUCUGAUCCGCACAAAGUGUUGCGUGUUGUGAUGAAGGGGGCAACACCAGAUGGUGCACUACAGUAUGCCUUUCAUGUCAUUACGAACUUUGAACUCACAUCGUGCGAGGGCAUGCCCGGCCGUGGCGAACGAAGAAUACAUGACCAGGAGAUGGGUGUGGUCGAUGACGUCGGAGCAUCAAGUAUAGGUGCAGUGAAUCUCGUGAGCGAUGAGAGCGAGGACGUCGGGGCCCCCGAGAAUGUAGACGGCGAGGGCGGGACAUUCGAAAAGCAGCAACCGCAACCUGUCGAAUCUUUUGACAGCUCUCGCAAGCCGGCGACACUGAUUUUCUCCGCCAGGGGCGGCGUCGGUAUGUCGCAGAGCGACAUCGAUGCUCUCUUGUCACUUCUCACGGACCCGAGAUUAUGCACGAGAGACAUUGCGUAUCGUUAUAGUCAAGAGUGUUUGAUAUGGGCAGGGAGUCUAGCAGACGCCGCUGGAUGGAAAGAGUUGGAUCUACGUUGUGACGAUUGGCCACGGGAUGCGCACGCCAUCUUGUGGCACCGCGACUGGCGAACGACAUUUCUGUCGAUUUUUCAUAUCGCAUUACAGAAAUGCGAGACGGUGUCUUCUCUAGAAGUGUCUCCGCCGUCAGAGCACCUCAGUAUAUCCGGCCCACGCAGCGGGGCGCUAAGUUAUCACAUCCAGUCGAUCAUUCGAGCGGACAAUGACGUGGACGGGAAUGGUAAUCCACGUUAUAUUAUCCCUCUUUCAUUGUAUUCCGACAAGACACAUACAGACGGUCGUCAAAAACAGACGGCGUACCCUCUGAUGAUGUCACUAGCCGACCACGCAUCCGAAGCCACACUGCUGGCCUAUCUUCCCGUGCUUCAUCAUCGUCCGCGUGACAAAGGAUGGGGUCUGCAGUCCACCGCAUUCAGAAAGCGAAAGGCCAUCAUUUUGCACAAGGCCCUUUCAGUGGUAUUGCAGUCUGCGAAGGAGGCAUCUCAUGAUGCUCAUGAUGGAAUAAUGAUACCGACAACACGAUUCGGGGACAUAACUGUCCACCCUUUCCUCCUCAACUAUAUCCAGGACUACCCAGAACGAUGUGCAAUUGCAACUUUGAAGUUUGGUGUAUGUCCGACAUGCACCGUGUCCAAAAACGAUUUUGAUGUCAUAGCCGAUUUCACAGACCGCAGGAGAUCACAGACGCUGGAAACACACCUCACAGCAAAUGUGUUCACCGCCGACGACAUCGACGUUCGCCGUGCAGCGGAAGCACGAAUGUCGGAGUUCAACAUGCACAGGCAUGUUCAACAGAACGGCCUUUGGGGGUUCUACAGGGGCCCUAAUGGUGACGAUCCUCAGCUAGACUACCACCUGGCAUUGCAACCAGACCGUAUGCAUACAAUCGAGUACGACAUAUUCCUGCACAUGAUUGACGCAUUCAGGACCGCGGCCUUUGGGAAGUUGCCGCACUUACCGCAAACAAAGAUCCUGAAGGAACUAGAUGCAAGGUUGCAAAGCGUUAGAGCAGCGACGACACAGCGCAGGACGAGGGCGGUAACGGGGCAGGCGAAAACGACAGAAGUACGGACGGAAGAGGGAGUUCCCCAUCUCCGGGAAGAACGCGACGUACGAGGGAAGCCGAAAGUGUCGGCGAGGGAGGAGCAGUCGACGCGCCCUCCAUUGACAGACAACUAGUGAGGCACGACAACGCAGUAAAAAAGGUAAACAAAAUAUGCUGAAGUUG